GGAACAAACAUGGCCGCCCCGGUGCCUCUCGGCCCUUCGGGCUCUCACCGUCCUCGGCUGGCCGCUGGCUUCCGGCUGCUGCCGAUGCUGGGGCUUCUGCAGUUGCUGGCUGAGCCCGGUCUGGGCCGCGUCCAUCACCUGGCACUCAAGGACGAUGUGAGGCAUAAAGUUCAUCUGAACACCUUUGGAUUCUUCAAAGAUGGGUACAUGGUGGUUAAUGUCAGCAGCCUCUCCGUGAAUGAGCCUGAACAAGCCACAGACAAGGAUCCUGAUGGGAUUGGCUUCAGCCUUGACCGGACGAAGAAUGAUGGCUUUUCUUCUUACUUGGAUGAAGAUGCAAACUACUGUAUUUUAAGGAAACAAUCUGCCUCUGUCGCCCUUCUAAUCCUAGACAUCUCCAGAAGUGAAGUAAAAGUCAAAUCUCCACCAGAAGCUGGAACUCAGUUUCCAAAGAUUAUCCUCACCAAUGACAAGAAAGUCCAGGAGGCUAAGUUCAACAAAGGCGACCAAACUCAGAAUGUACUAGUCCCCAUGUGGUGUCCACUGCUUGUCCUCACUGUCCUGACCUCUAGUGGAGUGGCUGAGGGAGCCAUUCCGCCACAGUGGAAGGUGACUUUGUGUUGGUUUCAGAUUAAGAUCACGGAGAAGAACCCUGACAGCUACCUCUCUGCUGGGGAGGCCCCCCUCCCCAGGCUAUACAUCUCCGUGGCCUUUUUCUUCUUCCUUUCUGGGAUCAUCUGGAUUCACAUUCUUCGGAAACAAAGGAAUGAUGUAUUUAAAAUCCACUGGUUGAUGGCGGCCCUUCCGUUCACUAAGUCUCUCUCUCUGGUGUUCCAUGCAAUCGACUACCACUACAUCUCCUCGCAGGGCUUUCCCAUCGAGGGCUGGGCCGUUGUGUACUACAUAACACACCUCUUGAAAGGGGCCCUGCUGUUCAUCACCAUCGCGCUCAUCGGCACGGGCUGGGCUUUCAUUAAGCACAUCCUGUCAGAUAAGGACAAGAAGAUCUUCAUGAUUGUCAUCCCACUCCAGGUCCUGGCGAACGUGGCCUACAUCAUCAUCGAGUCCACCGAGGAGGGCACGACGGAAUACAGCUUGUGGAAGGACUCUCUGUUCCUGGUGGACCUGCUGUGCUGUGGGGCCAUCCUCUUCCCUGUGGUGUGGUCCAUCAGACAUUUACAAGAAGCCUCGGCCACAGAUGGAAAAGCUGCUAUUAACUUAGCGAAGCUGAAACUUUUCAGACAUUACUACGUCUUGAUCGUGUGUUAUAUAUACUUUACCAGGAUCAUCGCGUUCCUCCUCAAGUUUGCUGUUCCGUUCCAGUGGAAGUGGCUCUAUCAGCUCCUGGAUGAAACAGCCACACUGGUGUUCUUUGUCCUGACGGGGUGUAAAUUCCGUCCAGCUUCUGAUAACCCUUACCUGCAGCUGUCUCAGGAGGAAGAUGACCUGGAAAUGGAAUCCGUAGUGACUUCGUCAGGAGUGAUGGAGAAUAUGAAGAAGGUCAAGAAGGUGACCAACGGCAGUGUGGAGGCCCCAGGGGACUGGGAAGGCACCGCCUGACAGCUGGCCCCCAAGCGCUGUCAGAGUAAACUUCUAAUCCUCCUUAGUCCUAUUGGUGAGCAAGAGCAGGUCCCAGCCGUGAACUCUGGGCCCCUCCGGAUGGUGACCGCGGAGCUGUGACCAGAAGCAGCGCCGGGACACCUCCUCAGGCUCGUUUGGGAAAACAUCUGCGGCUGGUCACAGACAGCCAGGUCUGUCCUCCGGGGGGAGGACGAGGAAGAGGGUGCUUGUCUUUAGUUGACCUUUCUCCAUUGGCAGUCUGACUCAGGCCUGGUGGCCAAGGGCAGCACAGAGACCUGGGGUGGGGAGCGGUGGCAUGUCUGCCCGGCGCACGGCGUCACGCGGGGGACAUCAGCUGUCCAGGAGGACCCCAUGUCCUUGAAUUGGGGAGGGGGGACAAAAAUGCCAUUCUUGUAGAAAGCAAGGUGAGUGCCCAGUGCAGCCAGUAGCGUUUGCCCGUUUCCCGACCUUCCGUUGCCCCAGACCUUGUUCCAGGUUGUGACAGUGACAGGGAGCUGGCCGCGGGCCUGGCCUGCU